AUGGGAACAGGAGAUCGACUACUGGAUAUCCCCUGCAAUGUUUGUGGCGACAGAAGUUCAGGGAAACACUAUGGAAUAUAUAGCUGUGACGGUUGCUCCGGCUUCUUCAAACGGUCCAUUCAUCGGAACCGAGUAUACACAUGCAAAGCUGGGGGAGAGAUGAAGGGUCGAUGUCCUGUCGACAAAACGCAUCGCAACCAGUGCAGGGCCUGCAGACUUGCUAAGUGCUUCCAGGCUAAUAUGAACAAAGACGCCGUGCAGCACGAGCGUGGUCCACGAAAGCCCAAGCUGCACGCCAGCUCAUUAGGCUCUCUGCCUCCACCAUCGCUGGCCCACGCUCACAAGCCGCACCCCUUGAAACUAUCACCACCUUCGCCUUACACACCGCUACCACAGCCGUUUAAUUUUCAGUUUAGCAUCAACGGCCUGAAUGACUCAGCACCUCUGAGCACGGCAUCUUCAGCAGGAUCUAGUGGGGCUGGAGGCACGGGAGCCGUCAGUCCUCUGCCUCUUAUCACUGAACCCUUUCUGGCGCCGCCACCACCAGGCCUACUUCACAUGCUCAUGUCAAGUGAUAAAUGUCAGGAACUAAUGUGGAGCGCAAAACAGCUUCAACUUCAAGGCGACCCGACUCUACUUCGGCCGCCGCAAAAUGCUUUCGGUGCACCCUUGGCCCCUACAUGGGAAUUGUUACAGGAAACCAGUGCACGGCUAUUAUUUAUGGCUGUGCGUUGGGUGCGAUGCUUGGCACCUUUUCAAGCGCUCGCACCAUCGGACCAACUAGUCCUGCUUAGGGCAGCUUGGAAGGACUUGUUUCUAUUACAUUUGGCUCAGUGGUCGGCGCCGUGGGACCUCGCCCCGCUGCUGUCGGCGCCCACGGCCAGAGCUCGGUUACCUCCAGAACCAUUGGCUGAUUUAGAACUAAAUACUUUACAGGAAAUACUGUGCCGGUUUAGACAAAUUGCCCCCGACGGCAGUGAGUGUGGAUGUAUGAAGGCGAUAGUUUUAUUUUCACCAGAACUUACAGACACACCCGGCCUUAGUGAAACCCAACCAGUCGAAAUGCUGCAGGAUCAAGCGCAAUGCAUUUUAGCGGACUACGUUCGGUCGAGAUAUACUCGCCAGCCAACUAGAUUUGGUCGAUUAUUACUUUUACUGCCAUCAUUACGGGCGGUCCGCCCACGUUCCAUCGAACUGCUGUUAUUCCGGGAUACAGUGGGCGACGUGUCUGUAGCCACUCUGCUUCAUGAUAUGUACAGAAUGCAGCCAGCUCCUACUCCAGCAUUUCAACCGAUACCGACAACAGAUCAUUGUGCUUCGCCUUAA